AUACACACUCACUCACUCACUCACUAAGCCAGCAGUGUGUGUGUAUGUGUGUAUGUUGAUACUGAUUGUUCCAGUGAGUGGAGCUACUACCACCUCUACCGAAGGCUUUGACCCAGGCACACCGGACCCUGACCACUCUCUCUGCCGCCUCCGCGUUCACUUUCCUCGGGGAGGUCCAGGAUGAGCCUACCGCGGCCGGACGAGUUCCAGCCGCCCCCGGAGUGCCCGGUCUUCGAGCCUAGCUGGGAGGAAUUCGCGGACCCGUUCGCCUUUAUCAACAAGAUCCGACCAAUCGCGGAGAAAACGGGAAUCUGCAAAGUCCGACCUCCACCGGACUGGCAGCCUCCGUUCGCGUGUGAUGUUGACAGACUCCAUUUCACUCCUCGGAUCCAGAGGCUGAAUGAAUUGGAGGCGCAGACUCGGGUUAAGCUUAAUUUUCUCGACCAGAUCGCAAAGUUCUGGGAGCUUCAGGGAUGCACACUAAAAAUUCCACAUGUAGAGCGGAAGAUACUAGACCUUUACCAGCUGAACAAGCUGGUUGCGGAUGAGGGGGGGUUUGAGCUGGUCUGUAAGGAACGCAGAUGGACGAAGAUAGCUAUGACGAUGGGUUUUGCCCCUGGUAAAGCAGUUGGUUCACACCUGCGCUCACAUUAUGAACGGGUCCUCUACCCUUACAACCUCUUCCAGUCUGGAGCCAACCUGCUGGAACAAGAGCUAGCGGCCAAACUGAUGAGUUUUGGAGCAGCUCCUGAGCAGGAAAAGUUUAUCCAGAACCACUCCCUGCCCGAAAGUGAUGAGAAAGAAUACAAACCUCAUGAUCUGGUGCAGAGGCAGAACACACAGGUGCCUCCCGAUGCCAGCACACCUUCCCGACGAGCCAAACGGAUGAAAGCUGAGUCUGGAUGUGGGAAGUCUGAAGCAUGUGCUGCAGGAGGAGAGGUGUGUGAAAACAAACCCAACCUGAGGAGGAGGAUGGGCUCAUUCGUAGCCAAAUCUGAACCAGUGAAGGAAAUCCCCAUUCAGAUUAAACAGGAGCCGGUGGAGAGUAAAGUUGUGCAGCCGGAACCGGAGAAGACCAAACCUCGCCAAAAGAAAAACACCCCCCCUCCACCCGUCAGCGUUGUGGAUCUGUACGUGUGUUUAGUAUGCGGGAACGGCAACGAUGAGGAUAGGCUGUUGCUAUGCGACGGCUGUGAUGACAGCUACCACACCUUCUGCUUGAUCCCGCCCCUAACCGACAUCCCUAAGGGUGAUUGGAGAUGCCCCAAGUGUCUGGCUCAGGAAUGCAGUAAGCCGCAGGAGGCGUUCGGCUUCGAGCAGGCGCGCAGAGACUACUCGCUCAAAGCCUUCGGGGAGAUGGCCGACUCUUUCAAGUCUGACUACUUCAACAUGCCUGUCCACAUGGUUCCCACAGAGCUGGUGGAGAAGGAGUUCUGGCGGCUGGUGCGCACUAUAGAGGAGGAUGUGACGGUGGAGUAUGGAGCUGAUAUCGCCUCCAAGGAGUUCGGAAGCGGAUUUCCCAUCAGGGGCGGCAGGUUCAAGGUCGCGCCGCAUGACGAGAAAUACCUGAGCUGCGGCUGGAACCUGAAUAACAUGGCCAUGAUGGACCCGUCGGUGUUGACCCAUGUGACAGCUGAUAUCUGUGGUAUGACCCUGCCCUGGCUCUACGUGGGCAUGUGCUUCUCCUCUUUCUGUUGGCACAUCGAGGACCACUGGAGCUACUCCAUCAACUACCUGCACUGGGGAGAACCAAAGACGUGGUAUGGAGCUCCUGGUUUUGCUGCAGAGCAGCUGGAGGCGGUGAUGAAGAAACUCGCUCCUGAGCUGUUCGAGUCACAGCCGGAUCUGUUACAUCAACUCGUCACCAUCAUGAACCCAAACACACUCAUGUCCUACGGAGUACCAAUUUACCGGACCAAUCAGUGCGCAGGAGAGUUCGUCAUCACGUUCCCACGAGCUUAUCACAGCGGGUUCAACCAGGGCUUUAACUUUGCCGAGGCGGUGAACUUCUGCACGGUGGACUGGAUGCCUCUGGGUCGUCAGUGUGUGGAUCACUAUCGCCUGCUGCACCGUUACUGCGUCUUCUCCCACGAUGAGAUGAUCUGCAACAUGGCUGCUAAAGCCAAUAAGCUGGACGUGGUGCUGGCCUCCUCCGUUCACAAAGACAUGGUGCUGAUGAUCAACGAGGAGAGAGACCUGCGGGACCAAAUCCGCAAGCUGGGGGUGGUGCAGUGUGAGCUGUUUGAAUACGACUUGCUGCAAGACGACGAGAGGCAGUGUGUGAAGUGCCGCACCACCUGUUACCUGUCUGCCCUCACCUGUCCCUGUCGACCGGGUGAACAGGUGUGUCUGCACCACGCUCGCCACCUGUGCUCCUGCCCCAUCUCCAACUACACGCUGAAGUACCGCUUCACGCUGGAUGAUCUUUACCCCAUGAUGAAUGCUGUGAAGCAGAGGGCCGAGUCCUAUGAUGUUUGGGCCUCACAUGUCUCUGAGGUUCUGGAGGCCAAACUGGAUAAGAAGCGCAACCUCACAGUGUUCCGUUCUCUGAUUGAAGAGUCAGAUAAAGGGAGUUUUCCUGAUAACGAUCUGUUACGCCACCUGAAACUGGUCACACAGGAUGCAGAGAGGUGUUCAUCUGUGGCUCAGCAGCUUCUAACCGGCAAGAGACAGACCAGGUACCGCAUUGCUGGAGGAAAGACUCAGAAUCAGCUGAGCGUGGAGGAAAUGAGGUCUUUUGUCCGGCAGCUUUACAACCUUCCCUGCAGCCUAACACAGGCACCGUUACUGAAGGAGCUGCUGAACCGCAUUGAGGACUUCCAGCAGCACAGUGAGAAGGUCCUGUCUGACGACGUCAGUCCGGAUCUGGUGGGGGAGAUUCAGGCUCUGCUGGACGAGAGUUCGGAGUUUGACGUUAGUUUGCCGGAGGUUUCUCAACUGCGGGAGCGUCUGGAGCUGGCCCACUGGCUCGGCGCCGUUCAGCGGGCUGAAGAUUCCUCCAGCAGUCCUCGCGGCCUCUCGCUGGACGGCAUGCGGCGGCUUAUCGACCGCGGGGUGGGGCUGACCCCCCACCCGUCCACGGAGCGAGCCAUGGCCCGGCUACAGGAGCUGCUCACGCUGUCGGAGCAGUGGGAGGAGAGAGCGCAGACUCUGCUGAAGACCAGGCCUCCGGAGAGCCUGACGUCUCUCUCUGCCACUCUGAAGGAAGUGGACUCUGUUCCUACAUACCUGCCCAACUGUCUGCUGCUGCGGGACUCCGUUCAGAGAGCCACCGAGUGGCUGAAAGAGGCCGAGGCUUUACAGGUGGGAGGUCGUGUUCCUGUUUUAGACACUCUAUCAGACAUGGUGCUGAGGGGCCGGGCGAUUCCUGUGCAGCUGGAGCCGCUGGAGAGGCUGGAGGCGCUGGUGUCUGAGGUCCAGACCUGGCGGGAAUCGGCAGCUAAAACCUUCCUGAUGAAAAGCUCCUCCUACACUUUGCUGGAGGUGUUGUGUCCCCGGUGUGAGGUGGGGAAUUCAGUGAAGAGAAAGGUGAAGAAGACGAAGGGUGAUGUGAUGCCGUGUGGGAAGAAGAGAAGCGGGCGAUUGGACAGUCUCAGCGAUGUAGAGAAAGCUCUUUCAGACAGUAAAGACUCCGCCUCCGCUAUGGCGACUCUUGCUGAGGUGCGAGUGAAAGAGCUGGAGUCUCUGGCGUCUCUCCGUGCAGCUAACGAAUCGAAGCUCCUCCCCUCGGCCGACAGCGGUGCUCUCAGGGUCUGCGUGUGUCAGAAGGCUCCUAUGGGUGCCAUGCAUCAGUGUGAGCUGUGCCGGGAGACGUUCCACACCGUGUGUACCGGGGGGCCGGCGGACCCCCGCAGCGCUAAGCCGUGGUUAUGUCCGUCGUGUCAUAGAUCGCCUAAACCUCCGCUGGAGAAGAUCCUGCCGCUGCUGGCGUCUCUGCAGAGGAUCCGGGUGCGCCUGCCCGAGGGAGACGCGCUGCGCUACAUGAUCGAGCGCACGGUCAGCUGGCAGCGGCGGGCGCGGGAGGUCAUGGCGUCGUACGAACUCUCGCCACAGUCUCAGAAACACAAGGGCAGCUCGCCGUCACCGGGGCAGUCAGGAGCAGACAGCAGUGGAACGUCUCAGGAUUGGAGCAGGUGCAGUCAGGAGCAGUCUGUCUUCUACAUCGAGCAGCGCUGCAUCCCACUGCAGGGUCUGAGUGCAGAUUUAGAGGAGCUGAUGGUGGAAGGAUUAUUGCUGCAGGUUUCAUUACCUGAGACUGAGCAGCUUUACACACUGCUACUGAACGGCCCUCCGGUCCAGCGCAGCCCCCAACACACACACUCAGCCCAGCACAGCCCUCAACACACACCCUACCAAUCUCAGGAACUCGCCUCACCACACCGGGAGAGAGACAGCGUUACCUCAGCGGAGAAGAAAGCAAAGCGGCGGAUAGAGAGAGAGGAGCUGAGUGGGCUGGAGGUUCCGGUGAGGGAGCGAGGGAUCACGAAGAGGAAGAAGCAGAGAAUGAGCAAAGAGAAGAGGAGAGAGAGGAAAGCAGCGUCCGUCUCGGCGUCUCCAAACUACCUGUCUGACCUGUCCCCGUCAGACGACUCGGAGGAGGACAUGAUCCUCUGCCCGGCGGAGAGCUGCCGGCAGCCGGCGGGGGACGAGGUGUACUGGGUUCAGUGUGACUGCUGUAACCAGUGGUUCCAUAUGGUUUGUGUAGGCGUUUCUGCAAAGAUGGCAGCCGAGGAGGACUACGUGUGCGUCUCCUGCAGCUCGAGGGACCUGGGCCAGCGGCGGAAAUAAAGAAGGAGCAGAGAGAGGAGGCGAGAGAGGAGGCUGGGAGAGCGCGGAGGACUUGGAGGACUAGGGGAAGGACCGGUCCAUCUCUUCCUUCAUCCCUCAUCCCUCGUUUUCCUCCUUUCUUCUUUUCCUCAGCCCUUCCCUGUGAACUGCCCUGUUCCCGGUUCUGUAACUGACCACCCCUCAGCUCCCUGUGACCUAUGACCUCUUAUUUUUGAUCUUUGUAACGACGGUGCUAUUUCCUCUAUUUUAUUUUUGUUCUGUUUGUUUUUUUUAAAUCUGUUGUUCUGGAUGAUGCUACUUGGUCACUUUUUUGUAUUUUUACAGCUUUUUUCCUCCUAUUUGAAUUUGAACUGUGUGGUUGUCUUUCUUUAAAGUCUUUAAAGGAAAAAAAAGAGGCUAAAUGACUUAAUGCUAAAUGAAGAGUUACAGUGGGAAUAUUCCGUGGGUUUCCGUUUGUGUGCUGCUCCGUUGCAAUUCGGGAGUCGGCAAGUCGGCUAAACCGUUCAGAGCACGUUGUGGAGAGGAAAAACAGACAAACAAACAAAAAAAAAAAAACAGGAACAUUUUUCUCUUUUCCAGAGAUUUCUGCAUGCUGAACCAGAGACACAACUACACAGGACACUCGGCAACAAUCAUUUUUCACCAAAAAUCUACAGUAAAUAAAUAAGAGAGAAAGAGAAACCUAUUUUUUUGGAUUGAAAAAAAAAUAAAAACAAAAACCCACUGUUUAGUACA